UGCAAUCCACUUUCUUUCGAACGAGGAAAAAAAAUAUGCGGUAAAGAAAAAACAGUCAAGGAGCUUUGUUCUUCGGUUCUUGCAAAAAAAAUCAAGAACAAGAAGAAAAUAAGAGAGAAAGGAAAAGGAAACCCUUUUCUCUCUUCACAAUAAUAUUAACGUCCACUUUCACCAUUGCAAGUGGCGGAACAAAAGAAAAAGAAGGGCUUGUUUGUAAUGAUGGUACGGGCAUUAGACCGUGAAAGAAGCAUUCAGAAAACAAAAUCUUUCCAUUUGAAAAAAAUGUUUGAGAAUAUUCAAGGGAGACACGUCCAUAACUUGGCCGUUGAUAAUGGAAAUGAUGGAGGAAAUGCUGAUGAAAAGGUACAAUUAAAAAAUAAUAUACCUAAACCUGGGGAAGAUCGUUCUCAGGAUUCCCAACAAACAGCAUGUCCCGCUUCUGAUGCUGCACCUGUACCUAAACUUCCAAGCCCUAAGGGUCCCCCAGAGAUUGAUUUGAUGAAGGAAAGGUUUGCUAAGCUGCUUUUAGGUGAAGACAUGUCAGGUGGUGGAAAAGGUGUUUCCUCAGCUUUGGCUUUGUCUAAUGCAAUUACAAACCUAGCCGCAUCUGUUUUUGGAGAAUAUAAGAGAUUAGAGCCUAUGUCUCCAGAGAAGAAAAAAAGGUGGAGAAGAGAAAUUGAUUGGCUUUUAUCUGUAACUGAUCACAUUGUUGAAUUUGUUCCUUCACAGCAAUCUAAGGAUGGAAUAAAUAUGGAGAUCAUGAUGACAAAGCAAAGAAGUGAUCUGCUUGUGAACAUCCCUGCUUUGCGCAAGCUUGAUGCUAUCGUCAUUGACAAUCUGGAUCAAUUUGGAAAAGAAAAUGAAUUCUGGUAUGUGUCAAAAGAUAGCAAUGACUCAGAGCAAGAAACUCCACCAAGAAAUGAUGACAAGUGGUGGAUUCCAACUGUAAAGGUUCCACCACAGGGGCUAUCUGAAGAAACUAGAAGAUGCCUGCAAUUUCAAAAAGAUUCUGUCAAUCAAGUACUUAAAGCAGCCAUGGCGAUUAAUGCACAGGUGCUAUCAGAAAUGGAAGUUCCUGAAAACUACAUUGAAUCCCUUCCCAAGAAUGGAAGAGCAAGCCUUGGAGAUUCAAUCUAUAAGAGCAUAACAGUGGAGUACUUUGAUCCUGAGCAAUUCCUGUCAACCAUGGACUUGUCAACCGAGCACAAAGUGCUUGAUCUGAAAAACAGAAUUGAAGCCUCUAUUGUGAUUUGGAAAAGAAAGAUGAACCAAAAGGAUGGCAAAUCUUCUUGGAGUUCAGGUGUAAGCUUAGAGAAAAGAGAACUCUUUGAAGAGAGAGCUGAAACCAUAUUACUCCUCCUCAAACAGCGGUUCCCUGGAAUUCCACAAUCUGCCCUAGACAUAAGCAAGAUUCAGUAUAACAUUGAUGUAGGACAGGCAAUUCUGGAAAGCUAUUCAAGAAUUAUAGAAAGCUUGGCAUUCACAGUUCUGUCCAGGAUUGAGGAUGUUCUGUACUCAGAUUCACUAACACAAACCCCAAGAUCAGGGUCAGAUGAUAGGCUAGCCGAAUACGAUAGGCUAGAUGAAGAUGGAGACUCUGGAGAAACACCAACAUCAACAUCAACAUCAAUGACACUAUCAGACUUCAUGGGAUGGAGUGUGGGAGAGAAUAAAAAAAAUAGCUCAGCCAAUGCAGAGAGCUGUUACAAAGGAGAGAAUGACAGGAACAUGCUCAAACCUAUUGCAACCAAGAAAUUUUCUUACUUAGAGAAGCUUGAGAGCUUGAGUGGAUUAAGGAGUCCAACGGCUCGACAUUAAACAUUAAUGGGUAUAGAUGAAAAUGUGAAAUAAAAAAAAAAAAAAUACUAAAAGAUAAAAGAUAGAUUGAGAGAUGCAGUUAGAGAGCUUGAAUCAUCAAAUGUAGAAAACACAUAACCUUGUAGGAGCCUGUUGCUUGAGUUAGGAACUUAGCAAUUGUUUUCCUCACAAUACAAGAAGAUGAAGGAAUCCAAAUGUGUAAUUAAUUGACGUUGAUGCAUUUGAAACUCGCUUUCUGGCUUUGUUAAGACCAAACCCUUGUAAUACAUUCACUUAUCAAUUUUUUUUCCCCCAAUGUUUUGUCCCGUAUAUAGAAUUGCACUUUGAAAUAAAAUGAAGUGAGCCUCUCAAUA